AUGAAAGGUAUCGAACAGUCUGAUGAUAUUAAAAAUCCUUAUGAAGAUAUAAAAGAAUUGAAACUAAAAAAAAUGAAUAAAACACAUUGGUCUUUGAAUGGACUUAUUAAAAUACUUCGGGACGAUAUUCCUCGUGAAAGAUUAUUGUAUUCGCUUCGUGGAGCCACAAAAAAGGGAAAUGGAUAUUCAGAAACGUCAUUGUUUCAAUGGAACAAAUUAAAUUACUGUGAAAUUUGGUGUAAUGAGCCUUUAUUCAUGCCAUCUGUAAGAGCAAGUAUUAAUUAUACGGGGUCCAAUUGUUGUCCUUACCCAGUGGGUACAUAUGCGAUGGUUGAUUUUAUUCCUGAUACAAGCAAACUUCCAUCAUAUAUACCUGAAAAAUAUUGGAGAUUUGAAUACCUUAUUCAUGACCUAGACACGAUUGUUUGUCGAAUUAAAGUAUAUAUAGAACUUGAACCUGUUUUAGAAGAACAUCCAAAAUCGUUCACAAGUUCCUAA